CGCCGUGAAAAAUUGAAGCAAAAAUUGAAUCGAAAAUUGAAGCGCGAUAACAGAAAUGGAGCGCCAACCAGCGAUGGCGCAGCAGUGCGGGAUUGACGCACUUUCCGACAGCGCGCAGUGGGAAGGUGGUGGCGAUGGCGGCGGCGGUGGUAUCGGCGGAGCAUGUGGCGUCUUCCUCUUUCUCCCUCCCGUCAUCGUCCUCUCUUUACUUUCACCUGCUGUCAGUGCUUGUGGCGCUGGUCGUAGCCCGAGCCGUCUUCGUUCUUCUCCAGACCGGUAGGUCACCAUGGCGUGCAUGUCGUCAAAGAAGAGGGCCGAAGGAGAAGGUUCGCACGCUCAUCGUCCUUGGUUCAGGCGGCCACACGGCUGAAAUGCUGAGUCUGGUCAAAGCGCUUGACUUUGACCGGUAUCAACCGCGCUGGUAUGUUGCAGGCGCUACGGACAAGCUGAGCCUGUCAAAAGCGGCCGCUCUAGAAGAACAGCAGAAGGCGCUUACGUCGGCAGAAGAGGCAGAGAAGGUAACGGGCAAUAAUCGGUCUAGUAAUGAGAUUGGCAGUUUGAGGACUGGCCUGAUGGAAUGCAAGGAGGCUAAGGCUCAUUUCCUGAAAGUUUACCGCAGCCGUGAAGUCGGGCAGUCUUAUUUCACCUCCGUUGGCUCAACUCUCUUAGCUUGUGCACAUGCGGCCUACCUUGUCUUCCGAGUCCGUCCUGAUGUGAUCGUUUGCAACGGGCCAGGAACAUGCUUGCCAGUCUGCGUUGCCGGGUUUCUGCUUAAGGUGACGGGGCUCCGAUGGGUGACUAUGAUAUUCGUGGAGAGCGUCUGUCGAGUGCAGAAGCUGUCUCUGACUGGCAUUCUGUUUUACAAGUUCCGGCUGAUGGACCAGUUUUACGUCCAGUGGGAGUCUCUUCUCCAGAAGUACCCGGGGACUAUUUUUGUUGGCCGGGUAAUGUGACGAUAUUGGCGAAUGGACCAUUAUGUGACAAUAUAUAUCGUCAAACAGAGCUGUCCGGGAAACCGUAGGCAGAGAGGGAGGGAGAAGAGGACAACAAAGGAGGGGAUGUUGUGAGAAAUUGUUUCGGCGGAGUUUCACCGACUUACUCGUGGGGAGGCUGAAUCGUCAAACAGAGCAGCCGGGUAAACCUUAGGCAGAGAGGCAGAAGAGGGGCAUAUGUUUCCUUGGUGCAAGCAGAGCCAAGUGGGGAGAUUCGCCAAGUACAGUGGACACAAGGACAAUAUAGCCGUCUGCGGUAGCAGUGCCGGCCCCGAAGAAAGUGGGCUCAGAGCGCAACAGAACCCAGGAGAAUGGGAAGGCUGAACGCUGUUGUUAAUGGUAUGCAGUGCUAUGCACUUGCUCGCUUGCUUUGUAGAACUGUCUGCUCUGCUAUGUGGAGAGAAGAUGCUGUGUAGAGGUAGGCUACCGUGUGUGCUGGCUGGUACUCUGUGCAGUGGUUGCCACUAUGCCAGUUGAUGCCUAUGUGUAUUCUCUGCUAUGUCGGCUGGGAGAUAUGCCCACCGGGGAGGGCAGACAUGUGCCAUUAACAGUGGGUGAAAGGCUACCAUGUGUGCUGGCUGGGAUAAUAUGUACAGUAGUUGCCACUAUGCCGACCGACGGUGCUAUGUGCGGUGGGUGGUGCUAUGUGGGAAGGGUGAUAUGUCCAUAGGGCAGUACUUUCGGUCAGGUGCCAUUAGCAAUGGGUGAUAGUACUUGGGCGUGGUGCGGUGGGUUAUGCGAAGAUCAUGAGCUGUGAGCUGGUGCUAUGUGAGUUGGAUGCGCUACUCCAUGGGGGCUGGGCUCAGCACCACGUGCGAAAGGAAAGCAGCUGGAUUUCCCCUUUGGCUGAAAGCUAUACACAUGUAUCUGUUUGUAAACAGAUCACGAGCUCAAAUCCAAGUGGGAUCUGCCCAAAGUACGGGGCGUUCAUCCCAUCCUAUUGGAUGGGCCAUCAGCCUCUGUUGUUUCUAAUGCUACUACGUAUGUGGCCGAAUAGAACCCACGGUCAUAAAUAGCUGUACUUGGGGCAAGUUUCAUUGCAGACACAGCUAUAUUAACGGAGUUUUCCUUUGUAGAUAUGUCGUGUGUGUGUGUGUGUGUGUGUGUGUGUGUGUGUGUGUGUGUGUGAGAGAGAGAGAGAGAGAGAGAGAGAGAGAGAGAGAGGACAACGAUGAUAACAAUGAAGAUGAAGAAGUCGUCAUCGUUGUUGUCAUCGUUGUCUUGUCACUCCGUGUGUGUGUGUGUUGUGUCGACUUGUGUGUGCACUCAGUGACUUUGCAUUGUUUCCCACCCCCCCCGUCUCGAUGUGGGCAAGUCUGUCCACCAUGUGCGGGUCAUGUGCUCUUCCUUUUUUACAGGAGCCCAUAAGCCUGUGGAUGCUUAACCGGCCCUCUGCUGAAUGGGUCAGGGUGGACACUCGUAUACGACGUCAUGAUGAACAGUGAGGUUGGUUGGACUGGUGGUGUAAAUGUAAAAGGGGCAUUGGCCGUGAGGUAUUGUCAUCGAACUGAUUGGCUCUUUCUAAUUCAGAAUUAUGUGACAUUUCUGAUCUCAGCGAUGGACCUGCCAUUUGGCCACGCGAUGAGCGCUAUAUCUGAUGUCCUCAAGUCAGGUACCGUUGGUCCAUGUGAGCUGAUUUGUCUCAGGUAACUGUUUGCUAACAGUGAUGUGGGUGUAUGUGAUUUGGCUGGGUGAGGUGGUUGUGUGACUUGUAUUUUAGCCAACGGCCGCCUGAUCGUGGACUCUCUGAUAGAACGGAUACUUACUCUGUACUCAUGCGGCUUGAUCUGUUCGACCGGGUCUUCUGUUGGCCAUAACCUCUCUGGCCUGGUCGUGCGGUGGCGUUUCUUUCUCACCCAACCUCUCUGAUCUGAACGGUCACAACCCCAUAAUCGGGCGUGGCAAGGGGACCUUUGCUAUUUUUAAUA